CUGCUCUUCACUUGUGAUUGAGUAGAGAAGGGUUGAGUCAUUACAUACGGAAACAAAGCGAUGCAUAAAAACAUCCUAAUAAUAGACAGGCAUUUGCCGUUUCAUUAAACUUCCUUUUUUUUGCUUGCUGGAAGCUAAAUACAGACAACGACCAGGCAUUACUUAUUUGAUAAGGUUUUCAAAGCUCACAAGGGAUCAACAGUAAAUAAUAUGGAUGCUACCACCUGCUGGUUACAGUUGGCUCCAUUGUUCCUAUAUCACUUCCUGGUACCUACCUCAUGUCAUUGGAUGCCACGGCAGUUUCCAUGUGACGUUACGGUCAAUACUACCAAUACCACGGAUGACAUCAUCUUUAAUUGUGAGGAGCGUCGACUGAAAAAUGUACCUGUUGGCAUCACCAGGAAUGUGACCGUGCUGGACCUAUCAGAAAACAACAUCAGAAAUGUAUCUCUUGAUGCAUUUUCUAAUCUGGAGAACCUGACCCUUCUCAAUCUCAACUGUGUCAACAAAAAUGGUGACACACACAUCGCUGAAGGUGCCUUCAAAAAUCUGACAAACCUGCAGGACCUAAGGCUUAAUGGCAAUGGCCUCAUCAACAUUCCUCAAAUUCUCCCACUCAUUCUGGACAAACUCAUGCUGGACAAUAACAAGAUCAACUUCUCGAAUAUGAGCAACCUUGUCGGUAUACAACAUGUGAAGGAGCUGUACUUAUCCAAAAAUUGCUAUUACUGGAAUCCCUGUGAGACUGACUUUACCAUUGAAUAUGGCACCUUCUCGGUAUUGACUAAGUUGAAGGUUUUGAUGUUGGCCUAUAAUAAUUUAACUCGUGUUCCAAAAGGACUGCCAAGCUCUAUACAAGAAUUACACCUCGAUUCGAACAAGAUACAGCAAAUUGCUGAGGAUGAUUUCCUUGGACUAACCCAUCUAACAAUCCUGGAAUUACAGGGAAACUGUCCACGAUGCUCCAAUGCUCCAUAUCCUUGUGUUCCCUGUCCUAAUGAUUCUCUGGAUAUUCAUCCUCAUGCAUUUCAUGGUCUUACACAGUUACAGACACUGCACCUAGCAGGCAACUCACUUCGUUUCAUCAAUAACUCCUGGUUUGAGAGCUUGAACAAUCUCACACAUCUGUUCCUGUCUUAUAAUUACUUAACAAAUACUAUCACCAGUGGAACCUUUUUUAGCUAUCUACCAAAGCUAGAAAAGAUUGAUUUGUCAUUUAAUUAUGAUUUGCUUGCCUACCCUGAAACCCUACAGCUUUCAACAAACUUUUCACAAUUGGGGUCUCUUACAACGUUACAUAUAAUGGGUUUUGUUUUCAGGGAAAUUCAUUUAGAAACACUCAGACCGCUUUAUGAACUCAAGCGUCUUUCAGUGUUGAACAUCGGAACUAACUUUAUUGUUCGAUCUGAUUCCCACAUAUUCAACAAAUUCUCAAACUCAAGUCUCAAAGUCAUAUAUCUUGCGGAGAACAGGCUUUAUCCAAUUUCAGUGAAUGAGUCCCCAGGUUGUGGCACAGGCGGCAACUUAAAGUCAGUGUUGUACACGUCGCCACUGACUGGACAUUAUUCCAAUUCAAGGGACUUCUCUUAUGGAAUAAAUCACAACCUUGUGAAGCCAGAAUGCUUUAUCUCUGGUCGAGUGCUGGUCCUUAGUUCAAAUAAUCUCUUUUUCAUUUCUCCAAAGCAAUUUGAGGGCUAUGGUGACAUUGCAUGUCUAAACUUAUCAAGAAAUGGAUUUUCAGCAGCACUGAACGGGACAGAGUUCACCUCAUUACCAAACCUAAAAUAUCUCGACCUGUCCUUUAACAAGAUUGACCUGGCCUAUGACAACGCCUUCAAGGAAUUAAAGAAACUUGAAAUAUUAGACUUAAGUUACAACAGCCACUAUUUUGAAGUGUCUGGUGUGACACAUAAUUUAAAUUUUUUGAAAAAUCUACCGACUUUGAAAGUAUUGAAUAUGUCACACAAUAACAUUUUUACAUUAACCACUAAGCAGAUGACAAGCACAUCUUUAAAAGAGCUUCAAUUUCAACACAAUUUGUUGGCUACAUUAUGGAAAGAGGGGGAUGACUCCUACAACAGCCUUUUUAAAAAGCUGACGAAUUUGACCUAUCUGGAUAUUUCAUUUAACAGCAUUGAGAAGAUCCCAUCAAAAGUCUAUGAAAACAUACCAUAUACCCUUCAAAAACUAUGUAUUAGUCAUAAUUCACUCUGCCAUUUUGAUUGGGAUAAACUGGCAGGUUUUCAACAACUGAAUUUCCUGGAUCUAAGCUACAAUUCUUUAUUUCAUGUGUCAGCAAAUCUCUCAAACUUCACAGACACACUUCAGAUUCUUGACUUAAGCCACAAUCAGAUUUUUCAACUCUCUCUUGGAUUUCUUAGGGGUGCUCAAAGCCUUCAGAUACUUGACCUCAGCUACAACCAACUGACUAUCAUCAACAAGACCACCUUCCUAUCGGGCCCUGAAAACUACAUGAAAACCUUGUCCUUGCAAGGUAAUCCAUUCCAGUGUACCUGUGAUUUACUAGAGUUCAUCAUGUGGAUAAAAGAUAACAAAAACGUGGAGAUCCCCAGACUGGCCAGUGAGGUGACCUGCAACAUGCCAGCCAAAAUGAGAGGCCAACCAAUGAUACUGUUUAACAUUGAUGAUUGCAACGAGGACAACAUAGCCUUCCUGAUUUACUCCCUCUCCACUUCCUUGAUCAUGUUCACUGUGGUCAUCACUAUGGCGGGGCAUGCGUUUUAUUGGGAUGCCUCCUAUAUUCUAUACUAUCUGAGGGCAAAGCUGAAGGGCUACCAUUCGUUGAAGUCAACAACAACAGACAAUCUCUAUGAUGCCUUUGUUACCUACGACACCAGAGACCCGUUGGUGUCAGACUGGGUACUGAACCAACUGCGGGUGCAGCUGGAAGAGAGGGGGGAGAGACACCUGCCUCUCUGUCUGGAGGAACGAGACUGGGCCCCCGGGGUCCCCCUAAUAGACAACCUCUUCCAGAGCAUUCGAAAGAGCCGCAAGACUGUCUUUGUGCUGACUGAGGCUUACAUCAGGACUGGGAACUUCAGGAUGGCUGUGUACCUGGCCCACCAGAGGUUGCUGGAUGAGAACAUAGAUGUGAUUGUGUUGGUUCUCCUGGAACCCGUGCUGCAGCACUCUCACUUCCUCCUUCUGCGGCGGCGUCUGUGUGGAAGGAGUGUUCUAGAGUGGCCCCAGUCUGCAGCCGCUGAGACCUGGUUCUGGCAGCACCUAAGGAACGCUGUCAGGUUAGACAACCAGGUGAUGUACAACAAGAUCUACUCCAGGUACUUCACCAGCAAGUAGAGCACAGUCCAGACCAGAGACUCAAGAGGAAAAUAUCUUUCUCACACAAAUAGACUGAGCAGUUACACACACAAACUGCGAUACCUUUUACAAGCUCUGACUCUGACUAUAUCAGUUUUUCUAUCUCUUGCACUGAAUAAUAUGGAUGAUACUGUACAUCUGAAAUCAACAAUAUGUAUAUCAAUGUGCUAUUCAUUGUUCUAACACUAUGGCCACCAGUAACUGUGCAUUAUAAUUGUAGUUCAGUUUUUCAGUUUUAUGCUGUCUAUGGGUAGUAGAUAGUUCUAUUCCUAUUUGUUUUUGUCAAUACAUUCAAACUGCAUGCCAUUUGUAAGUGAUAUCUGAUUUUAAAAAGGAUGACUUGGUGCA